CAGGCCGAUGUGUGCCACGCGUACCAGAUCCUAAAGAAGGGAGGCCUCAAGGAUGAGAACAUUGUGGUGUUUAUGUACGAUGACAUCGCCGACAACCCUGACAACCCAAGGCGUGGAGUCGUCAUCAACCAUCCUAAAGGACUACACUGGCGAGCAGGUCACUGCUAAGAACUUGUACGCGGUUCUCUUGGGGAACAAAACCGCGGUUACUGGAGGGAGUAGGAAGGUGAUAAACAGCAAACCAAAUGAUCACAUCUUUAUCUACUACACGGAUCAUGGGUCUCCUGGUUCACUUGGCAUGCCCAACGGACCAAAUGUUUAUGCUGACGACUUCAUCAAAGUGUUGCGGCAAAAGCAUGCUUCCAAAAGCUAUUCGAAAAUGAUCAUAUAUGUUGAAGCGUGUGAAAGUGGCAGCAUCUUUGAGGGUUUGUUGCCACAAGAUCUUAAUAUUUAUGUUACAACGGCAGCAAAUGCGGUAGAAAGUAGCUGGGCAGCAUACUGCCCUGGGAUGGAAAUGCCACCUCCACCUGAAUAUGAUACAUGUUUAGGUGACUUAUACAGUGUUUCUUGGAUGGAGGACAGGUAA